AUGGCUACAGAUUUAGCACUCACGUCUUUCGCAGUCGAGGCUUUUACCUUGCUCUCUUUUGGCAUCCUCAUCAUUGGCCUUCGGACCUAUGCACGAGUGCGGCAGGUGGGCUUCUGCAACUUCGAGGCGGAUGACUACUUGAUGUUGCUGGUGAUUCUGCCCUACAUAAUAGAGACGACACUCGCCUACACCGUCAGCGCCCGGUUCCAUGGAUUCACCAACAGCGCAAUGACGGACGAAGAGCGCGCCGCGUUGUCUCCCAAUAGCGACGAGUAUAAAUGGAGGGUCGGCGGGUCCAAGAUUCAGGUUGCGGGCUGGGCCAUGUACGCAACGGUGCUAUGGGUCAUCAAGAGCGGCCUGUGUGCGUUCUAUUUCCGCCUGACGGCCGGUCUGCCAUGGUACAAAACCAGAAUAUACAUAGGUUUUAUCCUUAUCGUUGCCACAUAUAUUGCUGUUAUAUGCUCCAUCCUCUUCAGCUGCCAACCUAUGCACCGCUUCUGGCAAAUAUAUCCCGAUCCUGGAAAUCUCUGCGAACCAGCCUCCUCGAAGCUCUAUAUUUUCCUCACCGUAACCCUUAAUAUCGCCACCGAUAUCUACCUCCUUAUAAUCCCGGUUUCCAUGCUCUGGGGAGCUCAGAUUCCCAAGGUGAAAAAGAUCGGCCUUGUGGUGCUCUUCUCAGGCGGAAUCUUCGUUAUGGUGGCGGGUCUCCUUCGAUCCAUCCUCAUUCUUAGGAAUCCCAAGACCGGCCCACAGGAAGCAGCUUCCUGGGCGGUACGAGAGUCCUUUGUCGCAGUGGUCACCUCUAGCUUGCCCAUGACGUGGGGAUGGAUGCGACAAAAGCUGAGGCCCCUUCUUGGCUCCCUGCUCUCAUCCGGCAACAGAUACAAGGGUGGUCCAGAGCCAGGCAGCAUUAUUUUGGGUGACCACAGCGACCGGACAACCUGGCGGAGCAAGCAUGGCGCGUCUCAUAAAUCGGCCAUCGGGAAUGACAUUACCAUCGCCGGCGGGAGUCAAGAUGUCUUUAUCCAUACAGGCGAGGCCAGCUCGGAUGCGAUUAUCCCUUCAAGGAACCACGGGGGCGGAAUCACAAAGGGGGUCGAAUUUAGCGUCUCAACGACUAAGGCUCAGCUCUAA